CCCGGCGAAACCGGACAGCGUCUCAGAUUCACCGGGUGGAGCUGAUAACUUUGGUUUUGUUAAAAUAGACCAGAUAAGAAAAAGGAGGAGAAAUAAACUUAUUUAAGAACGACGGAGCUGUAAAGGCGUUUACUCGGUCUCCCUUUAAGCUGCAGCAUACUUGGCGAAGCUGUAUUUAUUUAUUUAUUUUAUUAUCGUUAUUAACGUUGCUUUUAUUUAAAAGUUGAAUUCUGAGGAAAAACGAGGGAAAAAGGCGAAGUUUCAACUGAGUCAACGUACGUCGAGACGUCAUUCAACAUUUGACAAGACGUGAUGGAGGACGGAAAGCAACUGACCUUCCCGCUGAUGCUGACUGUCGGGACGGCUGUGAUCGGCUCCCUUCAGUUCGGCUACAACACAGGUGUCAUCAAUGCCCCGCAAAAGAUCAUUGAGGCCUUCUACAAUCAGACAUGGACUGAUCGACAUAAUGAGAACAUCCCUAAAACAACCAUGACUACCCUGUGGUCUCUAUCAGUGGCCAUCUUCUCUGUGGGUGGCAUUAUUGGAUCCUUCUCCGUCGGGCUGUUUGUUAACCGCUUUGGAAGGAGGAACUCCAUGCUCAUGGCUAAUGUCCUGGCUUUCAUCGCUGCAGCACUGAUGGGCUUCUCUAAGAUGGGGGCGUCCUGGGAGAUGCUCAUUAGUGGACGGUUCGUGGUGGGCCUUUACUCUGGCCUGUCCACUGGUUUUGUGCCCAUGUACGUAGGUGAAGUGGCCCCCACAGCCCUCAGAGGAGCCCUGGGCACCCUUCACCAGUUGGGCAUCGUUAUUGGCAUCCUCAUGGCUCAGAUCUUUGGUAUGGACGCAAUCAUGGGAAAUGCUACCAUGUGGCCAUUCCUCCUUGGCUUCACCUUCAUCCCAGCCCUGCUGCAGUGCUGUUUACUGCCCUUCUGCCCCGAGAGCCCUCGAUUUCUCCUCAUCAUCCGCAACGAGGAAGACAAAGCCAAAGCAGUGCUUAAAAAGCUGCGCGGGAUGACAGAUGUGAGCGCAGACAUGCAGGAGAUGAAGGAGGAGAGCAGACAGAUGAUGAGAGAGAAGAAAGUGACCAUUCCUGAACUGUUCCGCUCUCCGCUCUACCGACAGCCCAUCGCUAUAGCCAUCAUGCUGCAGCUGUCCCAGCAGCUUUCUGGAAUCAAUGCUGUAUUCUACUACUCUACAAAGAUCUUCGAGAAGGCAGGUGUGCAGCAGCCAGUUUACGCCACUAUUGGAGCAGGAGUCGUCAACACAGCUUUCACUGUCGUGUCGCUGUUUGUGGUUGAGCGAGCGGGCCGCAGGUCUCUGCACCUCUUGGGACUGUUGGGAAUGGCUGGAUCUGCCGUACUGAUGACCAUCGCUCUUGCAUUGCUGGAGAAGUACGACUGGAUGUCCUACAUGAGCAUCGUAGCAAUCUUUGCAUUCGUGGCCUUCUUUGAGAUCGGACCGGGCCCCAUCCCAUGGUUCAUUGUGGCUGAACUGUUCAGUCAGGGCCCAAGACCCUCUGCUUUUGCUGUUGCUGGAUUCUCCAACUGGACAGCGAACUUUAUCGUGGGCAUGUGCUUUCAGUAUGUCGAGGAGCUCUGUGGGGCGUACGUGUUCAUCAUCUUCACCGUAUUUUUACUGUGCUUCUUCGUCUUCACCUACUUCAAAGUCCCAGAGACCAAGGGCCGGACAUUCGAUGAAAUCUCCGCCGGUUUUCGCCAGGCAGCAUCAGGUGCUGAGAAGCACUCACCCGAGGAGCUCAACUACCUGGGGGCGGACUCUCAACUUUAAACCCCUCCUCUAACCCCGCCUCCCUCAUCUGGUCACUCUUCUGCGCGCAACUACUAAGAGAAGGGGUCAGCGGGCUGUCAAUCAAACAUUUCCCCCCUUCCCAUGGCUGCACUCACCUCCUAGUCCCCCCGCGCUCCCCGAUGUCUUCACACGGCCAGCUGAACAGCAGCUGCUGGAUGCCAGACACGGGGUUUGAGAGGCAGGGAGUAAGAGUAGUUAUCAUAUUCCUUCUAUCAGAAAGAUGAUCGUUUUAAGACAUGUUUGAGGUGUUGAAUUGCUUUGGCUAGUUUUACUAGGUUUUAUGUUUUUAUAUCUAUCUUAACUGUUACUUCUGCUGUGCUAUGAGAGAGUAAAAAAUCCCCAGAGGUCACUGGGUCACUCCUGAUCAGGCUCUUGACGUCAGAAAUCCAGAUGCCAAAUGUACGCUGACUGACAAUUUAAUACUGUAUUCCAGAUAACUGUAUCUCAUUUAAACUAUAUAUUAUAUAUAAACAUAUUUUAACUGAGGUUGAGUUAUAUAAGCCCCAAAAUAUGUUAUCUAUGAUGCCAUCCAUUGAAACAAUAUGACGUUAUACAUAUAUCUACAUUCAUGUAAAACUCUUCUGCAUAGCACCCAUUUUUUAUUUUAACGCUUUACAGGGUAUUUUAUCCCUAUUUUCAUAUCAAAAUAUGAUGUCUUCUGUUCUUGCUUUUCAAGAUGCAUCACAUCUUUUUUAAAUAUAUUUAUAUUUUGUAACAAAUUCACUUGCUUUCUCUAUGAAAUGUAGAUAAUCACGAUCACUCCAGUAGGAGACAAACAGAAACAUUUCUUAAAUCUUUUCAUUAUGUUUCCAAAUAUUACAUCAAACCCAACUUUUUAAUGUAAGGUCGUCACUUUAUAAUGCACAAUCAGACGUACUCUUUAAUGAAAGUAUUAGCAUGAGUCUAAGUGAAUGUUGAUCAUACAGUACAGCAGAUAUCAGACAUUCAUGAUGUUCCACUUCAGCACAAGUUCAGAUGUCAGUAGUUUGAAAUGCGUUUUGCACAGUCGACUCCCUCCAGCUGAGGGACAAUUGUCAAGUUGGGAAACACGGAGAGUGACCAAAAUGCACUGUGACUGGUGGCGUGAUUAGAGUGCACUGAACAGCCUUCCUCUUCAUCUUCAUCUGAUGGAAGAGCUGCGAAACCAGACCAUUGAUGAUGCUGUUAGUACAAACCAUGUGUCUGUUAAGAGGCGUCUGCUCUGACAGACGUGUUUGGAAACACGGUAUGCCUGGCUUCAAUGUGCCUUGUCAUUUUUUAAACUUCUAGUUUUCCUUUUUUCUUCUCUUUUGACCUAGUAUGUUCACCCUUGAUAGUUUACCUGUAAGUAUUUGUGGUUUUUACGCACAUCAAAGUCAUCAAAUGAG